GAAAAGGCGCUCGAGCAGCUGUGGAGCCACUGGUACGGCGAGGAGGGCGCCGCGCCGCGAGCCGCGCUCGAGAAGGCGGAGAGGCGCCUCAUGCAGAAUCCUGACACGGCGGGCGAGGCGGAAGCGCUGCAGGAUAUCGCAGCCUCUUUCCCCGACUGGGCGGAGCCACUGAACCGCCUGGCGACGCUGCGCUACAUGCAGGGCGAGUACGCGAGCUCCGUCGAGCUCUGCCGCAGGGUGCUGCGGAUGAAGCCGUGGCACGUUGGCGCGCUGGGCGGGAUCGCCAUGUGCCACGCGCGGUUGGGCAACGAGGAGCAGGCGCGCAAGUGCGCAGAGGCGGCGCUG